AUGGCCUUCAAUCCCUCUUCUUCCAGGCGUCAACCCGGCCAGCAGGCCUCAGCCUCCGCCUCCGCCUCUGCGGCCGCUCGCAAACGGGCCAAAACACAAGAUGCACGCUCGCUUGCCGUGCAGGCCGCCGACGCCGCCCUCUCUGCGACAGGCGAGCUCGACGUGGCGGCGUUUAUCGCCGCUCGUGAGUUCGAGAUCCGCGCCCUGGAGAAGGGUAUGAAGCGAUCCCGAGAGGCGCUGACCAGCCGUGCGUUCCAGAAGGUGCCUAGAUGUCUGCGUCGGAGGACAGCGAGCCAUAAUGUCAAGCGGGUUCCUCGUCGGUUGAGAGCGCGCGCAAAGAGAGAGAUGAUUGAAGAUAAUACACCGACGGUGACUGCCCGACGACGCAAACCAAGUCAACGGAUGCGGAUCCGACUGGAGACAGCCCGCCGUCUCCAGGGAUUGAACGCGAAGACGAAACUGCGCCGGGCGGCGUUCAAAGCGAAGCAAAAGAAACAGCAAAAGAAAGAAGACGAAGGAGGAAGUCAUGACUAUGAGAUUGCCCCCCGCAUACCCAAGAUCAAAAAGAAUAAGCUCUCUCGCCCGAACCCACCGGAGUCGACGCAGUUCAGCAAACGGCAGAAGAACAAGACCUGGUUACCCACCCAUAUGUUCCAUGCGAAACGGGCGCAGAUGACUCCCUCCGGGCAACCGCUGUGGAGGUUCGCGCUGCCGCUGUCCCCGACGGAGAAGAGUUACCGACCUUCGCACCGGGCGAGGGGCGCUCGUGGCGCCAUCGCCUGGGAUGUGAGUUAUAUGUCUACGAUCCAACUGGAGGGGAGUCGAGGCGCGUUGGAGAAUGUGCUCCGUGUGAUGGGCGUCGAGGGGGAAGAUGCUUGGGGAGUUGGCAGUUCACGGGGGAAGAAAUGGCGAGCUGGGACCAGAACGCUGCAGACUUGGCUGUUGGAGCGGGAGGGUGUGAGGAGACCCAUCGCCCCGGUGACUUUGAUCUGGUGUGGUUCAAGGAAGGAGGAUGUCGAUGUCGAGAUGGUCGAUGUGGAUAAUGCUGCUGCUGCUGCUGCUGCUGCUAACAAGUGCAGGGUGUGGAUAAGAAUCCAUCCGUCUGCAUUUCUACAACUGUGGAAGGAUCUACUGGAGGUCUCGAAGCGACAGAACCCCCCCGUCAUGGUGGAAGAUCUCCGCUAUGAAAUCGGGAGUAUCGACAUCACAGGUCCUGGAUCGACAGAAGCCUUGAUCUCGACGUUACAGCCGGUGCUAGACCCUGCAGGCGAUGACUCCCCGCAAUCCACCUGGAAAUCGCUGGCAGCAGUUACGAAUCCCUCCUCGCUACCGCUGAACGCGCUUCUCGCGUUUUCAGCGACGGACCCGCGCCUCCGGUUCCCACCCAAGACCGUCAAACCGCGCACCUCCGAAGCAGACAUGAGCGAGCUUGCGGUCCGGCUCGCCGACUGGGCUCCAGACCACACGCAGGGCCCUGCUGCUCUCUUCGACCGCCCGGCUCGGCUUGCUGCCGCUCGUCGCAUGCCCAGCCAGAAGGCCAUCAAUCGACGGCGCACUCUUGCCGGGCCGGGCGUCUACCCCGCGCCGCAAGCUACCGAUCCCCAGAUCCCAAUCAUUGCCUUUACGUCUCGGCCUAGAGUUCCCAGCAGCAACACUCCAGGGACAUGGACAAUCCUGCUGCCGUGGAAAUGUGUCACCGCGGUGUGGUACUCGUUAAUGUUCUAUCCGUUAUCCAGCGGGGGGGUUCCGCGCUUCGGCGGCAUCAAGGAACAGCAACAACUCGCCUUUGAAGCCGGCGAGGCGUGGUUCCCCGGCGAUUUCCCGGGCACCCGAGCCGGGUGGGAAUGGGGCCUCCAGGAGCGGGAGACGUCGAAACAAGCCUGGGAGCGCAAACCGAAGGGGCGAAGACCCGAAUUCGACAGUCUCGAUUUGGGAAAUGGGCAGAGGGGGGAGCUUGGUCGUGGCUGGGCUUGUGAUUGGGAGGUGUUGACAGAGGAGGAUCAUAAAGAGGAGAAAGGUAAUCACGAAGAGAAGGAUCUCAAAGAACCUCUUUCAAACAUCUACCAGCUCAGUCCGGCGGUUGCGAAUCUCGCCCUCCAUCCUCGUCGAGGCGGGCCAACGGUCCAGAAUCUCCAUCUCCAUUUUACAGAUGGAUUGGCGCUCGCCACUGUCCGGAUAUCUCUUUACGGCCGCGGGACGCCUACGCCCCAUGCACGAAUUUACCGACUUCCCUCGGAUGAAUCGCGCCAGAAGUGGCUUCGUCUGUUGAAUCUGAAGCACGACGGGAAAGAUAACGACGACGACGACGACGACGACGACGACGAUGGUGGUGAUGGUCUCCCCCUUCCCACGGGAGAAGACCUGAUCGGCUUCGUCACGACGGGGAACUAUAAUCUUUCGGAAGGGGCAGGGACGGGGAUCGGCUCGAUCAGCGUAGGAAAGGUUUGCAAGUCCAAAGACAGGUCGCAGAGGAAGAUGUGUAUUAUUCGAGCGGCGGGGGAACGGGUCGGUCGACUUGGGUAUUGGGAGGUUGCAUGA